GGAGCAGCGGGCGCGAGUUUAAGAAAAUGUCAUCAACUAUACCAUUAAACAUUAAUAUAAAGGAACCCCGUUGGGAUCAAAGCACUUUUAUUGGAAGAGCCAGUCAUUUUUUCACUGUAACAGACCCCAGGAACAUUUUAUUAUCUAACACGCAACUAGAAAAUGCAAGAAAAAUUGUACAUGAUUACAGACAAGGUGUGGUGGCCCCUGGAUUAACCGAAGAUGAGCUUUGGAGAGCAAAAUAUGUCUAUGAUUCAGCUUUUCAUCCAGACACUGGUGAAAAGAUGAUCUUGAUUGGCCGAAUGUCAGCUCAGGUACCAAUGAACAUGACGAUCACAGGUUGCAUGAUGACCUUUUAUAGAACGACUCCUGCUGUAGUCUUCUGGCAGUGGAUUAACCAGUCCUUCAACGCCAUUGUAAAUUAUACCAACCGAAGUGGGGAUGCCCCGAUUACUGUCAGCCAGCUGGGAACAGCCUAUGUUUCUGCCACCACAGGUGCUGUAGCAACAGCUCUAGGACUUAAUGCACUAACCAAGCAUGUCUCACCCCUCAUAGGACGUUUUGUUCCUUUUGCUGCUGUAGCUGCUGCUAAUUGCAUCAAUAUACCAUUAAUGAGGCAAAGGGAACUGAAAUAUGGUAUCCCAGUUACUGAUGAAAAUGGAAACAGAUUGGGUGAAUCUACCAAAGCUGCUCAGCAGGCCAUUACUCAGGUGGUUAUCUCAAGGAUUCUCAUGGCUGCACCUGGCAUGGCCAUUCCUCCCUUUAUAAUGAAUGCUUUGGAAAAGAGAGCAUUUUUAAAAAUAAUUGAUGAAUUGGACAGUUCUCUUCUGCACCCAUUUUUGGACUUCAGACCAUCUCCAACAGAGGGGAACGAAUAGCUGUGUUACUUCCUCUGUCUCAGUCCUGAGAGAGAGAGCUUGGUCUAUUACUGUUUUCCUUCUCUUUGCUGCAAUUAAUUAGCCCUGCCACUGUCAUACUUUCUUAAACAUGGUCCUUAUUCCCUAGCAUUUCCAUUUCCCCCCUUAAAACACUGACACUCAGUUCUGUCUUUUGUUCACCAGUUCCCCCCCAACCCUCACAGCUUUAGGAUUGCUUCUCACGGAAACAUCAACUUUAUACUCAUCCACUGCAGUGCGUAAUUGUGACUAAUUAACGGUUUUGUUUUAAAUCCACAUACUGUUAUGGUAGCAAUUGUGCGUGUCUUGCUUUUCUGGAGGGACUCAUUUUAUGGUAAUGCCAGUGCCCAUCAUAGCAGUCGUCUUAAAAUACGUUUCAUUUCAUUAGUGAUUAACUCCAGCUAAAAUUCUAACCAGUUUUUAUUUAAUCUCUUAAAACAUAAUCUAAGGAUCUGCACAAAGCCUCCUUUUUCCUUUUUUUAUCAGUACAAUUGAUAACUGCAAAAAAGUGCAACGUAACAAAAUAACCAUACCUAUCAUGUUUAUUUAGUUCCUGUUUAUACACGUGUAUAUGCACAAUAUUUAUAUUGCUUUACUAAAAAAAAAAAA